AUGACAGACUCGACGCCGGUUGUUUCGCGGCCAUCGCAGCAGGAGGCCUGGCGCAAGUUCUUCAUCACGGCGGGUACUGUAGCCGGUGCAACUGUCGGGAUCAACUGGUUUCUCAAUCGCGAGACUCAUGACGGCCUUUCGCUUGCGGAACAGUCUUACCUGCACGAGAGCUUCAUGUACACCGGCGGCGGACUCGGGCUGACCGCGCUUGUCGCCCGUGGCCUCUUCCGCAAUGGCUUCGCCGUAAGGAUGAUGGCGGCCAACCCCUGGGUUGUCCUUGGCGUCAGCCUUGUGGGCAGCAUCGGGACCAUGAUGGGUGUCAUGUAUACCCCUCCUGAAAGCACGGUUCUCAAACAUGCCUUUUGGCUUGGAUUCAACGCCUGUCAGGCAGCGACGCUCAGCCCACUCUUCUUCUUCAGUCCGGCGAUCCUGUCCCGAGCUGCACUAUACACGUGUGGCGUCGUCGGUUCGCUCUCUUAUGUCGGUGCCACCGCUAAGAACAACACCUACCUUUACAUGGGCGGCCCGCUCCUUGCUGGCGUAACCGUCGUUGCGCUCAGUUCCCUUGCGCCUAUGGCCCUGCCCCUUGGUCUGCGCGGUCUGGCUAUCGCUGAGUCUAUUUCGCUCUAUGGCGGGCUCGCCGUCUUCAGCGGAUUCGUACUUUACGAUACGCAAAAGAUAUUGCAGCAUGCUCGUAUGGCUGAGACUGGUGCCAUUCCUCGGGACCCACUACGGGAAUCUAUCAGCCUGGAGCUUGACAUGAUCAAUAUUUUCAUCCGUCUGGUGCAGAUCCUCGCAAUGGGAGGUGGAAGCCGGAAAAAGUAA